GGAGGGAGCACGACUCGCAGGAGGUAGCCCUAAUGCCUACGUCUUUUACGCUGCCCAGGACGCAUAUGCUUGCUCGGUGUUGGUUAAUAUCCAUCUGCUCAAGGCCGUUCACCACUCAAAGCAUCGCAUCAUUGUCCUAGUGUCCAAGGAUGUCUCUUCCAAGUACCGCUCUUCUUUCAAGACCCUGGGUGCAGAGGUCGUCAGAGAGAAUCCCAUGCCUCUUCAUUCCGCCAGCAGUCAAUACUACCGCGGCUGUUUACUCAAGCUCAGCGCAUUCAGGAUGCACGAGAUUGACCAAAGUCUAAAUCGUGUCGUCGUACUCGAUGCAGAUCAACUCAUUUUGAAAAAUCUCGAUCACCUUUUCGACCUGCCGCCAGCAGAUCUUGUCGCCCCGAGAGCUUACUGGCUCGACGAUUCGUUCCUGAGCAGCACUCUCAUGCUUAUACAGCCCACACCAAAGCUGUGGAGCCAAAUACAGCAGACAGUCGCGACUCUUCCACCGCACCAGUACGACAUGGACGUUGUCAACGCUCUUUUUGGAGAUCUAGCUGUUCGACUCCCUGGUUCGUACAUUGUACUGAACAACCAUUGGGAAGACUGGACUCUUCCCCCGUGGUUUACACCCAAAGUCGCCACCUCAGACUCUGCGCCACCUGAGCCCUCACAACCUGCGUCUGCCGAAGACUUGGAUCAUCUUCUCGCUCAGUCCUAUGUUAUCCACUUUACCGCGGUUGGCAAACCGUGGAAGUAUGAUAUUUGGACAGUGAGUGAAUUGAAACCCAACGUGCAUCCACUCUUGCUUCGGCAGUGGGAGGAGUGGAGAUUGAUCGCGUUGGAGGUGUGUCCCAAAGGGCUCCUUGAUCACCUCUGAUGUGGAGGUUGAUACGGUGGACUUGUGAUAGAAGCCGGGAUGAAGAUGUGAAGGAUAGAAUACAUGUAAGAUAGAGUACUAAUACCCCUUUGAGAGACUGAAAGGAAGAAAGGAUACGCAGAUCUGAUGGCUUCAUUUGCGCCAUUGAGCCGGUGCUUCAGCUCCAAACCAGUAGAAUUUGUGAGUAAAAUGAGAUUUCUCAUACCAGAAUUGAAAAGAUAU